CCUCCUAGCUGAGGACUUUAAGGGCCGUGGUGCCCUCUGGCGGUUACACUGCGCAGCGUGAAGGAUCCCCGCGCGACGGUAUCAGCGGCGCGAAUGCAAAACUUUCCAAGCCAGGCGGUGCCCUAGGUCAACUGAAUCAACCGUCAGGACCCUAUCGUCAACCCGUGCCCACGGCCUGCCCCUUUCAGGCUCUUGUGACGUCACCCCGCCUGCCCGAGUAACAUGCAGCCCGAAGGCCUCGACGGUACCCUUGUGCUCUGCCCGCGGCCUCUGAUGUGUCCGCUUUUCCUGCUUCUACUCCUGCUGCUGCAGCCGGUAAUCCACACCCAGAUCUCGCCGGACACCCCCACCACCCAGACGUCAUCGGGCAUCCCCAGUGCUCCCACCACUGGAGGCACUCCUGGCUCCCCGACCAUACCGGGCACCCCGACCACGCUUGGCCUGCAAGGUCGUGCGAGGGCCUUGAUGCGUGACUUCCCGCUAGUGGAUGGCCACAACAACCUGCCUCUGAUCCUGAAGCAGCGUUUCCAGAACAGGCUGCAGGAUGUGAAUCUGCGCAAUUUCAGCCACAGCCAGACCAGCCUGGAUAGGCUUAGGGAUGGUCUUGUGGGUGCCCAGUUCUGGUCGGCCUAUGUCCCAUGCAACACCCAGGACCAGGAUGCUGUGCGCCUCACCCUGGAGCAGAUUGACCUCAUCCGGCGCAUGUGUGCUUCCUACUCUGAGCUGGAGCUGGUGACCUCAGCUGAAGGUCUGAAUAGCACUCAAAAGCUGGCCUGCCUCAUUGGUGUGGAGGGUGGUCACUCACUGGACAGCAGCCUCUCUGUGCUGCGCAGUUUCUAUCUGCUGGGAGUGCGCUACCUGGCGCUCACCUUCACCUGCAGCACACCCUGGGCAGAGAGUUCCACCAAAUUAAUAUACGACUCCUACACCAACAUCAGCGGGUUGACAAGCUUUGGUGAGAAAGUGGUACAGGAAAUGAACCGCCUAGGCAUAAUGAUAGACUUGUCCCAUGCCUCAGACAACUUAGUGAAGCAGACACUGAAUGUGUCUCGGGCUCCUGUGAUCUUCUCCCACUCAGCUGCCAGGGGUGUGUGUGACAGUUACCUGAAUGUUCCUGAUGACAUCCUGUGGCUUCUGAAGAAUAAUGGUGGCAUCGUGAUGGUGACCCUGUCCAUUGGGGUGGUGCACUGCAACCUGUUUGCUAACGUGUCCACUGUGGCAGAUCACUUUGACCACAUAAGGACAGUCAUUGGAUCAGAGUUCAUUGGGAUUGGUGGAAAUUAUGACGCAUCUGGCCGGUUCCCUGAGGGGCUGGAGGAUGUGUCCACAUACCCUGUGCUGAUAGAGGAGCUGCUGAGUCGGGGCUGGAGUGAGGAGGAGCUUCAAGGUGUGCUUCGAGGAAACCUGCUGCGGGUCUUCAGGCGAGUGGAGCAGGUGAGAGAAGAAAGCAGUGGACUGAGCCCUGUGGAAGCUGAGUUUCCAGACAGGCAGCCGAGAAAGUUCUGCCACCCACACCUCCUGCCUCUGCCUCAGAAUAAACACCAGGGGAUGACCCAGCCAACCAAUCAGGUCUUGCAGAGCCCCUCAAAAAGCUCCCCAGGUGCUGUUCCAAGCAUCAUGGUUGCUGCCACCCUCCCAGUCUUCAUCCUCUGUUCCUGGUGACCUGGUCAAUCCCCAAAGAGGCCACCGUGGCAAAGUUCCACAAAGUCCCCCUUCUAGUGGCCCAGCCCCCAGCCUAUGUUGAAAAUAAACAUUUGAGACAUGGAGCCAA